UGCCGGACGAAUUGUCGGCAACUUGGACCGGCGCCGACGCCGUUGUCCUGCCGCCGCCGUCAAGAUGUACCGUAUCCCUUCCACCGACGACAAAAAAAGAGACAGAUCUCUUUCCAUGUCGUUGUCGUCGUCGAGCUAUGUGAGUCCUCAGCGUCGACAGCCCAAGAAGAAACCAAUGCUCGAUCGUCGAUCCACUCUGCUCGAUUUGUCGACGAGCCAAUCGCCCAGGUUUCCCUUCGACGCAGCGGCAGCAGCAGCAGUGGACAAUGACUACCCCGAGACGCCAGAGUACUUUCGUCAACAGCGUAACAAGCGUAUUCCCACUGUGCCGCGCGUGUCGCCACUCCACGCCAAAGCCAUGCCGUCAUCGUCGUCAUCAGCCCCGUCGCCAUUGUUCAAGGCGGCGGACCAGCAGUCGUUCUUACAGUCCCGUGUGCAUUCUCUCACCCAGGCCCUGAUCAAGUCGAACCAGCAUCACAAACGAACGCAAGAGCAUUUGACAUGGGCGCUGGAAGAGCACGCGAUGGUGCAGUUGGAGAAGCAGCAACUCCAAGCCCAGUUGAGUCGCGUGAUGGCGUUGCAACAUGGAAAAGAACUCGAUCGAGCGCCGCCGCCCAUGCCUUCCUUUGACGAAAACGAUGACAGCGACGUGGACAUGAUGCAGGACAUCCAAGGCGACGACCGCGCGACGGAGCAAUCCGUUGGCAUGAUCCAGUCGACGGCGGCGCUGGCCCAGCACCUUCGCCAGGACAACGACGCCCUCAAAGCCGCGUUUUCGUCCCACGUGAUGGAAAUGCAACGCGCGAUGACCCAGAUGACGAUCUCAUUGCAUCAAGCUCAAGCUCGGAACACCCUGCUCGCGCAUUCCGACGCGGACGUGGCGGCAUUGAGAGCCACUUGUGCGUCGCUGCACGCGGACCGCAAGCGUUUGCACAACACGAUCCAGGAACUGAGAGGCAACAUUCGCGUGUAUUGCCGCGUUCGACCGGUGCUGAAGCUCCAACAUGGGGCAUGUGCCGCCAUCCGUGUGGAAUCAGAUACGCGGGUCGUGGUGACCCAGCACAGCCCGAACGGGUCGACCGUGUCGCAGGACACGGUGUUCGACGUGGACAAAGUGUUUGAUCAGCACCACUCUCAGCACGACGUGUUUACGGAAGUGCAGCCGUUGAUUACGUCCGCGUUGGACGGGUACAACGUGUGUGUGCUCGCGUACGGACAAACUGGAUCAGGGAAGACCCACACGAUGCUGGGCAGUCUUGAAAGCGAUGUGGACCGGGGUCUGAGUCCGCGCGUGUUUGGCCAAGUGUUUGCGCAGUGCCACGACAACCAAUCUGACAUCGAAAUGCACUUGUCCGUGUUGGAAGUGUACAAUGAAAAAGUGAUGGACCUAGUGCACCCAUCGCCCGUGCCUCUCGACGUCCGCGUCGACAAAAAGCUCGGCGUGACCGUCCCCCAUCGCACGUGGGUGGCCGUAUCUAGCGUGGAUGAGUGCAUGCUCGUGAUGGAAAAGGCACUGCGACACCGUGCGGUGGCGUCCAACGACUUGAACGCUACGAGCUCUCGGUCACAUUGCAUCACGUCACUUCAAGUUCGACGGACGAAUUCCAGCAAGUCACUCAGUGGGGGCAGUGUCGUGGUGGAAUCGAAAAUCAAUUUGGUCGAUCUGGCAGGAUCCGAACGUCUCGGGUCGUCCAAUUCGGAAGGCGACAGGCGCAGCGAGGCGCAACACAUCAACAAAUCGCUCCUGGCGCUGCGCCACGUGCUACUGCAGCUGAAAAACAAACAAGAGUACGUGUCGUACCGAGACAGCAAACUCACGCUGUUGCUCCAAGACGCCAUCGGGGGGCACGCCAAGACGCUGCUGGUUGUGUGUGUGAAUCCAUCGGGGGCGUGCGCGCACGAGUCCAAGUGCUCGCUGGCGUUUGGCGAACGGGCCAAUGCAGUCGAGCUCGGCCGCGCCAAGCAGCACAUUACCAGCAGCACGUCGUUGGUUCGUGGAAACAACAGAAAGCCCUAACGGUCGUAUUCAUACCCACCCACUGCUCGUGUCGAUGGGCAAGUUGCGGUGGUGGUGGCUUGCUAAAAAUAACGAUAACAUCAAAGUCUGCUACAAUCG